GGACUCUCUUCAGGGAUGGAGUAGUACAUAGACCGCUUGGCGGGCUUCUUAGCGCCUUUCUGGUCAGCGCGAGGGUUGCGGCCGAUGCCUUUGGCUCUGCUGAGCCUGAUGCUGGGCGGCUCCCUCCUGAAGGAAUGGGCGCCCGUGCCGGAGUCCUACAUGAGCAAAAGGCAACUGCUCAACGUGUAUUUUGUCAAAUUCGCUUGGGCCUGGACACUCUUUCUGCUCCUGCCUUUCAUCAGCAUUACCAACUACUAUAUUACCCGGAAUAUUAUGGCAGUAGCUCGACGUCUCAGCACUCUCCUGGUUGGCACUGCCAUAUGGUAUACAUGCACAGGGGUGUUCCUUCACAUUGAAGACCUCACAGGCACCUGUUACAGAUCACCAGCCCUUGACUUAGAGCACCAGGAGCAUUCCACCAGACUAGAGUGCCACAAAGCUGGUGGCUUCUGGCAUGGCUUUGACAUAUCGGGACAUUCCUUCCUCCUCUCUUACUGUGCUUUGAUGAUCGCAGAGGAGACAGCCGUGAUGCGCAGUGUGAAAACCUCACAGUAUCCCAGACUGCACAGAGUGAUCAAUAGCUUAUUCCUGGCCUUGAGCAGCUUGAACCUGAUCUGGCUGUGGAUGUUUUUAACUACUGCCAUAUAUUUCCAUGAUUUUUCUCAAAAGUUUUUUGGCACCUUGAUUGGCAUCUCUGCCUGGUAUGGAACAUACAGAUACUGGUAUCUAACACCUUUGUCUCCUGGACUUCCUCCCCAAAGGACUUUGAGUUUCCAAAAGACUAAUCGUAGCUUAUAGAAACAAUUUGUGGGUGAGAUUUCAAUUUCAAGAAUAUUUUUAUUUAAUAAAUUAAUUUUAAAGUCAGUAAUAAACAAGCAUAUUUAAAGGGUGGCAUAAAAGACCAAAAUUGUUUGCGCUAGGUCAGAUAGGAAAGUGCUGUUGUUGGAAUACUACUAAUUACAAGUUGGGUAGUUAACCUUUUGGGCUAACUUGAUCAAAACACUAAUUGUCAUAUAGGUAGUGGAGUCUAAAUUCCAGUAACAUGGGGAAUUUUUUUAAAAAAAACUUUUUGCUUCAAAAAUGUAGCCAUUGGUAGUUUAGCCAGAUAUACAGAGCUUUUUAGCUGAAGUCUUAGCUAUUCUGACAGGAGAUAUGCCAACAUUUUAUAUCCAAUUAUGUCCCUUCUGUAGGAUUUCCUUGAGUCUUGGCUAAAGCCUGAAACAAAAUGGAAAUUUUCUAUUAGGUACCUACCAUGAGUCAAUAAGGAAAGGCUUCCAGGUGACUCAGUGGUAAUUUGUGCCAUGUGUGUAUUAACUGUGUAUAAAUUUAUACAUAAAACAGCUUUUCAAAUAAGUUGCUUUUUAAUGUUCAUCAAAAGUUUUCAGUCUUUUGUUAUUCCCAGGUAUGCUAUCAUGCUACCACAAGAGGCCUUUCCAAAUAAUUUUCUUUCAACAGAGUGGCUUGCAUCACCCUUGUGCUAGAAUUUAUUUCUCCAUCUAAUUCAAAUCUUUGAAGUGUGUUGACAUAACAUGCUUGUGGCAGUGUAACACUCCUAGCAGUUGCAACAUUGGCAAUCCAAAGAUUCUUGUGAAAGUUGGGCGUUGGUUGCACAAUUACUGCAUUUCUUUUCUUUAUCAACUAUCUUAGUUAGCUAUAUUCAGUUCUGUGCAGAAGGGAAGCUUGUUUUUUACAGAGACUUGAUAUAAAAUGCCCUUUGUAUCAAUCGAUUAGCAUGGAAAAAUCCAUACAUUCUCUCUUUGUAUUCUCCUCCCUAUUUUAAAUGACACUAACUUAAAAACACAUACACUCUUUUUCACUACCUUCCUUUCACCCUCCCUCCAUGUUUUGUAAUUUAUCUGCGUAACCUAGGUGCAUUGAUCCAGAAAUGAAAUCAUUUUUCAUACUCUCUAACUAUAUUUUUAAAGCUUCAGCUUUAAUAAAAGGUGCUGUUUUGCACAUUGUGUCCAAAAGCUUAGAAUACUUUUGAGCUUCUAAUAUGUGUAGGAGCCAAAGGCCCAAAGUUUGCACUAUAAUUUUUAAAAAAAAUAACACUAUGGGAACCACUCACUGUGCUCCAAGAUUUUCAGAAUGUUUUUUCUCAAAACUGACAUCCUAGGCUCUAAAAUUGAUAGGAAUAUUUCAGUAAAUUGUUCAAGUAUUAUAUGUUGUGUGUGUUUCACAAGCCACCUGAGGUAGGGUAUCUAGUAUAAAUUUAAUUGUUAGUUUGAACUAAAAUAAAUUCCCUGAGACUGCAUCUGCAAUGAAAAAAUAAUCCAGUUUGACACCACUUUAAUUGCCAUAGUUCAGUGCUAUGGAAUUUUGGGGGUUGUAGUUUUGUGAGACAUUUAGCCUUCUGUCAGACAGCUCUGGUGCCACAACAAACUACAGUUGCCAGAAUCCCGUAGUGUUGAGCCAUGGCAGUUCAAGCAGUGUCAUACUGAAUUAUUUCUGCAGUGUUGAUGCAGCCUGAAUCAGUUGAAUUUAUGUAAAUGUUGAUUUAUCAAGUUCUCAUUGACUAAAUGAGUCAAAUUUCAAGAACUGACAAUUGAAUUUAGUUCUCUGUAUUUAAACUGGCAGACAGCUCAUGCAUUGACAGAUAAGUGUCUUGCUUUUUUACAUUGCCCUAUGUAUGAUCAUAUACUGUAGAUGUUGCAUCCAAAGUGAUCCAGUGUUAUGUGUAGCAGGUUCACCUGUUCCAUUGGAUUGUUUAGGUCAUAUUCCCUCCACUGUUCCUCUGGCUGAAUUGCCAAGCUGCUUUUAACACCCCCCCCCC